AUGGCAUCCAAACGCAUAUCGAAGGAGCUCAAGGAUUUGCAGAAGGACCCUCCUACCUCUGCAGUGCUGGUGGGUACCUUCCAACUUCAAUUUUAUUGUUUGGGUGGUGAUGAUGAUGAAUUUAUAGAUUUGUGCGGAGGUCCAGUAGCUGAAGACAUGUUCCAUUGGCAAGCAACCAUUAUGGGUCCAACUGAUAGCCCAUAUGCAGGAGGGGUUUUCCUUGUUUCUAUUCAUUUUCCUCCAGAUUAUCCUUUUAAGCCCCUAAGUUUUUGGUAG